AUGUCAAAAACAAAUUCUUUUGUAUUACUACCGAAGGGCGAGAAAAGAAUAAAACUAGUGCCGCCGGACGGAGGGUGGGGAUGGGUGAUUUUAUUAGGAACGGGACUUUCGAAUAUUUUCAAUCAAUCAAUGUUGUCUCUAUUUAGUUUAUUGUAUGGAGAUGCAUUAGAAGCUAUGGGUUACAAUACCAAGGGAGCAGCAAUUGUUUUGAGUACUAUGUUAUUUGUCACCAAUUUCGGGGGUCCAAUAGCUGGAGCAUUCGUUAAAACAACGACGCCUAGAUUCGUUGCAGUUACUGGUGCUUGUCUUUGUACAACUGGUAUUUUUCUUAGUGGAUUCGCUACAAACAUUUGGCAUUUGAUGUUUUCUUACGGCUUUCUUUUGGGUUUGGGUCUAGGAUUCAUUCAAAAUGCUUCGUUUGUAGCUAUAAAUGGUUAUUUUAAAGUACGGAAAAAUCUCGCUGUGGGUCUUGCUAUGGCUGGGACUGGCUUAGGACAAACUCUUAUGCCACAAAUAGUUCGAUACUUCUUAGAAAAUUACGGGUUUAGAGGUGCUUGCAUAUUAUUAGCCUCUUUGAGCCUGCAUGGGAUUUGUGGAACGAUGCUAAUUCAACCAGUUGAAUGGCACAUGAAAAAAGUUGAAGAAGAAGUAAUAGUUGACGAAAAAAUGCAGUUACUAGAAGAAAAUAAGAAAGGUAUAAAUAAAAAUAAGGAAUACAGUAGUGCCAAUAAAGAUAUUAAUAGUAAAGAUCAACAAGCAACUGCCACCCCUGCAGCUGGUGAUAAAGUUCAAGUUACCGCUAAACCAAGGAAAACUUUAAUAAGAAAAAUCUAUGACUUAUUCGACAUUUCUUUAUUAUCAAGCCCUCGGUUUCUAAAUGUGAUUUUUGGAACUGCCCUUACAUUUAUUUCUGUUCAAAAUUUCAGUAUGAUAUAUCCAUUUUUCUUGCAAAAAGUCGCCAAAAUGGACAAACAACAAACUGCGACCUGUAUGUCGACAAUUGCUUUUGUCGACAUAAUUGGCAGACUUGUGUUGCCAUCCAUACAGGAUAGAUUUCAAAUCAAAGCAAGGAUGAUGCUAAUUAUGACAAGCAUGUGGUUAAUUUUAAUAAGACAAAUUUUAGCGUAUCAGACCGACUUAUAUGUACUUUUGGCCUUAUCCGGUUUAUAUGGUUUUGGAAGAAGCAUGAUAAUUGUUGCAAGAAACUUAGCCAUAACUGAAAGAUGCAGAAUGGACCAAGUGCCCUCAGCUGUUGGAUUGGGAAUGCUAACUAUGGGCAUUAUAGUGCCCCCGCUAGGAUUUUUCCUCGGCUGGAUUAGAGAUUACACAGGAAGCUAUUCAAUUUGCAUAACAGCGCAAAAUCUUUUGUUGGUAUUAUUUUUAGUUAUGUGGAUACCAGACAUGAUACUAAUAUAUUUCGAAGAAAAACGAGAGAAAAGGAAAAAUGUUGAAUAGCAUUGUUGUAGUGGUUAAGCAAAUAUGAACUAAUUUUAUAUGAUCAGUAGUCCACACAGAUUUUUCUGUGAUAUACAUACAUUUACAAUGGCUGUGAGACUUAGGAUGUGAUGUGAUGACGAUGUUAUAUAACAAUAACAAUUAGCAUUUACAAUGCGAAUUUUGAGAUUGGCAAUGAAGGUGUGACGUUGCAAUAUUCUAUUUUAUACUCAUUGAAAGUGCAAUGUGUAAUCUCUAGUCUAAUAAAGUAAUAAGAGACACUA